AUUAGAAUAUCGCGUGUUGCCAGACGUUUCAGUUUGUUUCGAACUAUGGUUUAUAUUUUAAUAAUUUUAGUGAUUUGCAAUUUUAGUUGUAUUAGUUGUCAGUCCGGGACAGUGGAAAGCAGGAUUCAUUUUAAAGAUGAAGGGCCGGAAUGUUUUGAUGCAAAUAAAAAGGGCACCUGUGUUAGUGCUCACAGAUGCCUUGAUGUAGUUAGAAAACUUAAAGACGGAGAGAAACCCACGAUAUGUGGCUACCAAGGCACGGAACCAAUGGUGUGUUGUACAGACUGUACUCUGGUUGAUAAUAUUAGUAAUUUGGUUGUAAGUUCCAUAUCCGGGUACCUGUGGAAGGAUGGUCAGAAAGCGUGGGACAAGUGUCUGGAAUACGUUGACAAGCUGUCGUACCCAUGCGCUUCAACCUACUCCCACUACCUCAGCUCCGUUUGGGAGAAAGAUAAGGAGUGCAGUAUGGUUCAGUUUGUUGGCGUGAGGCGAUUUGCCUCGUACAAUGGACAACCGGCUAAACGGAACGAGUACCCUCACAUGGCUCUGCUCGGCUACGGCGACGACCAGGAGACGGCGCAGUGGCUCUGCGGCGGCUCAGUGAUCAGUGAUCAAUUCAUCCUCACGGCCGCACACUGCAUCUCUACAAAUCUCUUGGGUCCAGUACGUUUCGCAGCGCUAGGAAUACUGCAGCGAUCGGAUCCAGUAGAGUUAUGGCAAGUUUACAAGAUCGGCGGCAUAGUUCCCCAUCCGCAGUAUAAGUCACCUAUCAAGUACCACGACAUUGCUCUCCUGAAGACUGAAAACAAAAUAAAGUUUAAUGAGAACGUGCUGCCAGCGUGUUUGUUCAUAGAGGGCAGGGUGGGUGGGAGUGAGCAGGCUAAAGCGACCGGGUGGGGCGCGCUCGGACAUAAACAGACUGCAGCUGACGUUCUGCAAGUGGUGGACCUUCAAAAGUUCAGUGACGAAGAGUGCGGAAGUACCUACCGUCCUUACCGGCAUUUGCCUCAAGGCUACGACAGCGCCACGCAGAUGUGCUACGGCGACAAGGGAAAACUGAACAUGGACACCUGUGAGGGCGACAGCGGCGGUCCUCUACAGUUCCAGAACUCCUCGCUCCACUGCAUACACAUAGUAGCGGGUGUGACGUCAUUCGGCGACGCGUGCGGGUUUGCGGGCGGCGCCGGGAUGUACACACGAGUCUCGCACUAUAUACCCUGGAUCGAGAGCGUUGUAUGGCCGUGAUUAUGAAUAAUAGCAUUAUUUAUAUUUUUAUUAAUAAAAUAAUUUUCUUUUGGAAAUUUC